UGCUCUGCUCCCCAGGGAGGGAACGUGGGCGGGCUCACGCCACAGGGCAGUGCUGCAGGGGCAGCCCAGAGCUGUGGUUCCCACGGCCUCUUGGGCAGGCGCCAGUGCUGAGCUCAGAGUUUCCGUGCAGAGCAGCUCGUUCACACGCCAGAGGCUGAGGGAGCAUGGCCCUGGCCCCGAGGCUCCUGCUCCAGGGCAGGGCUAUGGGAACACAGGAGUUCUAGAGAACCACAUCUCCCAUCCAGAGGAUCUCGCUAUAAGGUGGAAGGGCAGGAGCAAUCCCCUCCCUGCAGGGGAAAGGUGACACUUGUCUCUGUGUCCCUCUGUGAAGAGGCUGUGCCAGCCUGCUGGAAAUCACAGCUCCCUGGGGACCAGCUGGGGUGGAGCACAGCAGGGAGGAUGAGGCGGGGUACAUCCCCAGCCAGGGUGGGUGGGACCACCGAACCAAAACACGGCUCAGAGCUGGUCACGUACCCGCAGCACAGCGCUGUGGCACAGAGCAGCCGAGCCCCCUGGAGAGCCAGCGGCCACCGUGCCCAUCCUGCCCCGCUUUCACGGGGUGGCAUGGCACCGGGCAGGAGGGAUGCGUGCCGUGGGCGGGGGGCAGUGGGAACAUGUGCCACAGCCCAGGCUGCCCUCUGCAAGGCCACGGCCGGACACCGGCAGCUGGUGCUGCAGCUCGGGGGGAGCGGCGACUGCCCUCGGCUGCGUGAGGAGCGACGCAGGAGGAGCGCAGAGGCCCGUGAGCUCAGCACGGGGCUGCGGCGGAUGCUGCUGGCGGGGCUGCGGCAGGGCCCGGCGAGCCCUCUGGAGCGGCAGGAGCUGGAGCGGCUGUGGGUGCUCUUCCUCUCCGCCCUGGAGCUCUUCCUGCAGGACCUGUACAGAGCCCAGCACCUCUGCCAGCUCUUCUCCAUGAAAAGGGGUGGUGUUGCCCCGCUGCGCACUGGGCUGGGGGGCUGGGGGCUGCCCAGCCGGAGAGGAGGGGGUCCCACACAGCCCCCAGCUGCCCAGAGCUUGGAGGAGGAGAUCGAGCAGGUGAGGGCCAUGCUGGCAGAGAUGGAGAGCGGAGCCAACAUUCCACCGUGGACAGUGGAAGCCACAGAGACCGCACAGCCAGCAGAGACAAGAGGCACCACAGAGAGAGCAGCUUGGGGAGGUCCCUGUGCUGGGCACUGCUGUGGGGUGCUGUGAG